AUGCCCCGCGGGUCUGUAGCGGCAGGUCCCCGCGACUUCCCCCGGCAGCACUGCGGCAGACGCGCGGCGCGUGGCGCAGCCGAUGCAUGCGCCGCCGUUGCGCGCCUCGGCGGCGGCGAAACCAUCCUCGAAACGGGAAGCGGCGACCAAGCGCUUCAAGCAGUAACGACCGAACCGCUUGUACCGGAAAAUCCCGCAGUGUCUGGCAGACCCGCAUCGCACGAUGACGUCAGCUGCUUCUUGCCCCUCAUCCGCGAUAACUCCAGCCGCCGCAGAAGCUUCGAAGAAACAACAUUGGAUUACCUGUGGCACGCAGAGGGCGGCGCGCGCGUAGCGCCACUGCCGCCGGCAGCGGUUGAGAGAGACAGAAGCUUCGCGUCCAACGAAUCGGACGGUCCGGGCGAGUCCAGCUGGGAAAAGGAGUUUCUGGAUUGGACGGAGGAGUGCGCCGGCGGCGCCGCUCUCGCGCCACAGUUGGAGACGUCAGAGGCGGCUCGACGAACUUCCUGCGCGGCGCCGCCGACGCCGCCGGCGUUGGCGCAAACGGCGAAGCUGACGGAGGAUGUUCGACCGAAGUACGGCAACAUCUCUCUUCGGUACUUGGGGGGAAGCAAAGUCGCGCACCAAUCGGAACCGCACGAAGACGGCUCGAAGACGCUCGAUAUAAUCUCGCCGCGCGAUGAUGGACACUCCCGCGGAAGCGGCAAGCGCGGCGGACGUUACAACCUUUUUUCGCGCAGCAGCAGCAGGGAUGAUGGGCACUCUUGCGGAAGCGGGGGGGAUGACGCGCACUCCCGCGCAAGUGGCGGGGACGACGGACACUUCCGCGCAAGCGGCGGGGAUGAUGGGCACUCCCGCGGAAGCGGCGGGCACUACAACUUCUUCUCGCGCAGCAGCACGCGGAAAGAACGAGGCGUUGCCGCCGCAACAAGCGCCGCCUCUGCCGUUGCGACAGCAGCGGCUGCAGCCGCAGUAGUACCUGAGGAACCUUCGCUAAUUGCGAGGCAGAUAACGACUGGAUCAACAGGCACGUUAUAUUGCGGCUCGGAAUCGUCGCUCGGGGAUCCAGCCGCCGACAGAGGCUUUCCCGCCCGCUACCACGACCCGCUUUCCGCCUCCCCCCACGCUCGCGCGUUUCCCCCGCAGCUUCCGCACCCGCCGUCCCCAUCCAUAACGGGAGUGGCGGCAGCAGCAGCGGCGGCAACACCGACGACAGCGGCAGCAGCAGAAGCGGACAUAAAUGCGAUGAAGAAGCGAUUGGGUGCGAUGAUGCAGUUUUCCACGUGGGAGCAGCAGCAGAAGGAGCGGAAGCAGCAGCAAGAUGCGGCGGCGAGUGCGGCGCAGCGCGCGCUGAGGCAAGCGCAGGAGGAGCUGCUGUUUCCCAAGUUCCACGCGCCCGGACACGCGGAGCCGCCGCACGCGCCGCAACAGGCGCCGCAGAACCCGCCGCACCACGCGCCGAACCAUAAAAUCAGUCCGCCCAAAUCCUCCACGCUGGAGGCAAAACUGCUGGAGGCAAAAUUGCUGCCCGGAGUGCCGACAUUUGGGGCUACGGGGAGUGCGGAGGCGUGGAGAGCAGUACUGGUGGGUUUAGCAGCGGUGUGGUUCGGCCUGCGAGCCGAGGGAGUGGCGACGGGGGUGUGGGGUGGGGGAGGGAUGGGGGGAGAAGCAACACGUUGCCGGGGGGACAUGGCAUGUGGGGCAGGGAGAAGGAAUAACGUGGGGAAGGUUGACAGGGAGGGCGAUGGGGCGUGGAGGAAUAACUGGGAGUGCGGCAGCGUGGGGUGGGACCAGGGGGGGUCUUACAGCCUGGGCAGCACUGCCCACCACUACUCUCCUCCUGUCAGCCACGUGUCCCAUGGCUAUGCUGACUCAGCAGCAGGAGCAGCAACAGCAGCCUUCGUGCCAUCGCCACCUGGCAGCGCUGCAACCGCGUCAUCCAGUGGAAUUUCAUCAGGCCAUGUGGCACCAUCCAACGUGGCACCAUCCAACGUGGCAUCAGGCCACUUUGCAUCAGGUGUUGGCAGCAGGGUGUUCUCUCCGGAGCAGCUCAUCACAGCAACCAACGGCUUCCACUCCUCCAACCUGCUCGGAGCUGGCGCCUUCGGCCAGGUUUUCAAGGGGAGUUUGUUAGGCUGUGACGUGGCGAUCAAGCGGCUGGAGGGCAGCGGGUGGCAGGGCGAGGAGGAGUACAGCACAGAGGUGCACGUGCUGUCGCGCAUGCGCCACCCACACAUCGUGCUGCUCAUGGGCCACUGCCCCGCCAUCAACUGCCUCGUCUAUGAGUUCCUACCUGGGGGCGACCUUUCCCAACACCUCUGCUCUGCUGCUUCUGCUGGUGGUGCUAGUGGUGAUCGGAUCCGAAUCUUGUCUGAAAUCUCCGGCGCGCUGCUCUACCUGCACCAGCACGCGCCCCCGAUCGCCCACCGGGACUUAAAGCCCCAGAACAUCCUCCUCGAUACAAGCCUCCGCGCUAAGCUGGCAGACGUGGGCCUGGCUCGCCUGAUCGACAGCAGCGGCACCAGCACCAAUAGCAGAUGGACACGUCACCUGACCACCAGCCUCCAAAGGGCAGUGAAUGUGAUUAUAGAGAGGUUGGAAGACUCGGGGGGCAAGUGGGACCGUGGUGCUGCAGCUGAGGUGGCAGCGAUCGCAAUCUCCUGCACCAAUAGGAGGCGAGCAAGCCGACCUGAUCUUGAGAGGGAGGUGCAUGAGGUGCUGAUGCAACUGGCAGAGGAGAGUGCAGGGUGUGUGGAGAGGCGGCGGGAUGGGGCCGACAAUCACCUGCUCUGCCUUCUGUCCAAGAUGCGCAUGAGGGAACCGGUGGUGGCAGCAGAUGGGUACACCUAUGAGAAGAAAGAGAUUGAGAAAUGGAUGGAGACCAACAGCAGGUCUCCCAUCACGGGAGAGCUGUUUGUGCAUCCCAUGCUCACCCCCAACAAUGCGAUGAAUGUGAUCAUCCAAUAA